GAAAGACUAAAAGGGUUUUAGGCAACUCCUUCCCUCAGUUUCAAUUCCAUUCACCUCUGAAGAAAAAGAAGAAGAAGAAGAAGACGCUUCUUCUUCCUCGCUCCUCCUUCAUUUGCUACUCGAGAAAUUGAUUAACAAUGGCGAGCAAAAGCUCCAAAUCCAACACCAAGAUUAGCACGAUCAAGAUUAACAGCCCCCACUGUAGCGAUAUAGUCUUUGAUACCCCCAUUCCUUCAUGUCCUUGGAAAGGCCACCGGUUCACCAUUGGCCUUGGACCAGGAGACCCCGAGGACUUGCCGGAAGUUUUCGACAAGGUUAGGAACACCAGUGAAGGCUUUUUCAAGAGUUUUGUCAAGAUGUUUGACAAUUUGGGUACAGACGGCUACAGGGACUUGGCUAUGGAGAUUGGGGAUCUAUACGCUGACCAUGGUGUUUUACUCCCGGUUGUGACCAUGACCGGCAUCAUUGAUGAGUAUGCCGAAGCCGGCAAGACUGCUGAGGCUCUCUAUGUGUACCGGAUAAUGUUGGAUUCUGAAGAUUGUGCCCCCAAUGCUUACACUUAUAGUGUGAUCAUCAGGGCUCUGGCCAAAGACCCCAACCCCAAUUUUCAUGGUGUUGCUAAGGAGUUUGUGAUGGAGAUGAUGGGGAAGGGAUGGCAGCCGAAUGCCAGCACAUACACCGCUGUGUUUGAGGCGUUUGCAGGUCAGGAGAAGAUGGAGGAGGCCAAGCAGUUUCUUGAGGAGAUGAAAACUAGUGGGUUUGUGGCUGACAAGAAAGCAAUGAUGGCUUUCAGAAAGGUUCUUAAGGUUAAAGGGCCUGUUGUCAAAAGCAUUUUCGAUAUUCUAUUUGAUAACUUUGAUGACUAUUCAGACGAGUCAGACGAUGAUGAUGAUGUUGUAAAGAAGUGCACCAAAGACAUUGACUGGUCGAAGUACCCCCCCUGAGAGCUAUGUUCCUUUCAGCAAGAAACAAAUCAUCAAGGACGACCCAGAAAACCCAAAAGAUUUGGAGCAAAUGUUCGACACAAUGCGCAGGACUGGAGCCCUUGUCAGCACUGUGACCAGGAUGCUCAACAUGCUACAAAAUGAUGGAUUCUUGUCCCAAGUCGAGGAGAUCAGGACUGCGUUAGAAGUGGAUCAUAAUGUGCCUGAAGUCGUGACUCAUACUGGUGUCAUCGAGAUCUAUGGCAGGCAUGAUGAGGCCAAGCAUGCUCUCAAGGUGUUUUUGCGCAUGUUAUCCCUUGGAGUUUGCCCAAACGCAUACACUUACAGUGUUUUGAUUAAGGCACUCGCUAAAGACUCCCACUUUCUUGGUGACGCCAAGAAUUACUUACUGGAAAUGAUGGAUAAGGGAAUGCAGCCCAAUGCCAGGACAUACACCCCAGUGUUCAAGGCCUUUGCCCGGCUAGAGGAGGAUAAUAUGAAGAAGGGGAAGGAGUUUCUUAUGGAGAUGGAAGCUAUGGGGUUUAAGGCAAACAAGAAGGCUGUGAUGGAGGUUCUCAAGGACAGAAAAGGGCCUGUUAUUAAAACAGUCAUCAAAAUUCUCUUUGGCAAGUAGAUUUAUUGCUCAUCCCAUUGCUCUUUCUAGACUAGCAUUAACAGUUGAAAAUCUGAAAUCAAAUGGUAUUCCCUCUGCCCGUUGAUGUCCUAAGUUCUAUGCUGUGCUGUUGUAGGUAAGAAUUACGAUUGCUAUUUGUUAGAUAUACUGUCACAGGUGAACUAGGAUAUAGUACCUGAUGUCCUAGCUGCUUUUGUAUUGUGUGGGCAACUAGAUUGCUCAUUCAGCCAUUUCUUUUGUGCCGAUAAUUGACUUAGGCUUAUGUUCAGAACUUGAAAUGCAAUCGAUAUGUUUCU